UAUCUUUAAUUUGGAUAAUUUAGUGUGAGAAAAAUGUUGAGGUUGAUAACAGGAAGACCAGGUCCAAGUGGAUUUGGAUCAGCUUCUACUGCUGAGCAGGUCACUCAUGGCAUUGAUGGCGCCAAUCUCACAGCCAUUGUUACAGCUCUGCCACUGGUUAUGAUAAGUGGCGAAGCUAGAAGGGGAUUCAAGAUAUAAAAAAGGUAAACACGUGAAUUGACAAGUCGCGAGGAUUCAACAUGCGUGUUAUUUUCCAACGAAAGGUGUUUUGAUGAACCUCGGCCUUGCGUCCCCCUAACUCCACCCUUGGUUAUGGUAAUUUAACUACUUGUACACACAGAUAGUGCAAAUAUUUUUUAUAUUAUUGUUUUGUUUAGUAUGCCGCUACUGACAUGAAAUGAGCUUAAAUGAAAGUAGAGAUUCAUAUAGCUAAAGCGUAGUUGUUGUUGUAGUGCAAUUUAACUUGUAUUAUGUUGUUUGUCAUAUUCGUCACAUAAUUAAUUCUACUUAUUAUGAGCAGUUAUUGUAAUUAUCUUUUAGUUGACUUUGCUGUAAUUUUUAACUUGUUCACUUUUUAGUUCAUAGUGAAUGAACCGUUGGUUGAAGGAAAAAUAUCCCCACCGAUCCCUAUUACGUACUAAAUCAUGGGCAGCCUCGAAGUUGUUUAUUGGACAAAUUGAGUUUAUCGUAACGAUACCUUUCACACUACUCGGCUAGCUAGCUUUGUUAUCCAAACACUCAUCCUGACCAAUCUAGCAUCUUUGACUCUUCUUAUUGAAGGGUCCUCAAUUUAGGAGGUGCAAGUGGAGUUGGUUUGGAAACUGCAAGAGUUUUAGCAAUGAGGAAUGUUCAUGUCAUUAUUGCAGCAAGAAAUAUGGAGGCUGCAAAUGAAGCAAAACAACUUAUUCUCAAGGACAAUAAAACUGCUCGUGUCGAUAUUGAGAAACUUGACCUGAGCUCAAUUAGAUCUGUCAAGGCAUUUGCUGAUAACUUCAAAUCACUUAACCUUCCUCUCAACAUCUUAAUAAAUAAUGCAGGUGUCAUGUUCUGUCCAUUUCAGCUUUCAGAGGAUGGUAUAGAGAUGCAAUUCGCGACAAAUCAUCUAGGUCACUUCUACUUGACUAAUCUACUGCUAGACAAAAUGAAGGAAACAGCAAAAACUACUGGUGUUCAGGGUAUGAUUGUGAACUUGUCAUCGCUAGCUCACCUUUUCACUUAUAAAGAAGGAAUACAAUUUGACAAAAUCAAUGACAAGAGCAGUUAUCACGACAAAAAAGCAUAUAGUCAAUCCAAGUUAGCCAACAUUUUACAUGCCAAUGAGCUUUCUCGCCGCUUACAGGAAGAGGGAGCAAAUAUAACUGUCAACUCAGUGCAUCCAGGUUUAAUAAUGACAAAUCUCAUGAGACAUUCUGCCCUUAUGAUGAAUAUCAUAAGGGCUUUCUCUAGUUUCCUAUGGAAGAGUGUCCCUCAGGGGGCAGCUACAACUUGCUAUGUUGCUCUGCAUCCAGGCCUGAAGGGGGUCACUGGAAAGUUCUUCAACGAUUGCAACGAGUACGAGCCAAGCAAGCUAGCACUAGACGAUGCUUUAACACGUAAGCUUUGGGAUUUCAGCAACAACUUGAUCAAUGCAGCUCUAAAGACUUGAGCAGCUCUAAAGACUUGAUUAGUUAAGUGCAGUUCCUCAUAAACUAAGCCUGGAAAGAAGAUGUUAUUUCAUUCAUAUUUAUUGAAACUGUUAUAGAAAUGUGUUUGAGUUGAGAUUUUCUUGUUCUGCUUCUAGUCUGUGGCCUUGUCUAUAUGUCUUUUAUUACAGGACACUUACCUAGCCAACAGUUAGAUCCGACUCUACCCAAACUUUUUUUGUUCUCCCCAACAUUCUCCACUUAUUCGACUAUUGUUGAGCAGUUUUUGGA